UGCUUCUACCUUUGACUAAUUGCAAACACCAUCGUUGUGAAUAUGAUUAUAAAGCGCCAUCUUUGAGACACUGCUUUCAAUUCUUUGGGGGUGCAUAUUCACAAGUGGAAUUGUUAGAUCAGAUAGUAAUUCUACUUUUAAUUUUCUUAAGGAAUACAAGGGUUCUAGCUUCUCCACUUCCUCCCCAACGCUUGUGAUUUUUCUCCUCAUAGUGGAUAUCCUAACAGAUGUGAGAUGAUAGCUCAUUGUGGUUUGGGUUUGGAUUCCUCUAAUGGUUAAUGGCAAUGAGGAUCUUUUUGUGUUCUUGUUCAUUUAUGUAUCUUCCAUGUCUGUUUAAGAACUUACUCAGUAUUUUAAAAUUAGGUCAUUUUUCUUGUGUGUUAUUGAGCAGCAGAUGCUCUUUAUAUAUUAUGGAUAUUAACUCCUUAACAGAGAUAUGACUUCUAAACAUCUUUCCCAUUUUGCAAGUCUUCAUUAUGCUGAUAGUAUCUUUUGGCACACAGACAGUUUUAAUUUUGAAUUUUCCUUUUUCUUCUAUUGCUUGUGGUUUUUUUUUUAAGAUUUAUUUAUUUCAUAUAUGUGGUUAUACUAUUGCUGCCUUCAGACAUAGCAGAAGACAGUAUCAGAUAACUAUUACAGAUGACUUGUGAGCCACCGUGUGGUUACUGGGAAUUGAACUCAGGACCUCUGGAAAAGCAGUCAGUGCUCUUAACCUCUGAGCCAUCUCUCCAGCCCUUGUUUGUGCUUUUGAUGUCUCACCCAUGCAGUGAUUUUUCAAGCCCAAAGUCAUGAAGCUCCACUCCUAUGUUUUUUUUUUUUCCCUAAAAGUUUUGUAGUUGUAAUUCCUACAUUUGAGCCUUUGCAUCAUUUUGAGGUAAUUUUUUUUGCAUAAAGGUAAAGGCCUAACUACAUUCUUUCGCCCUGUGGUCAUCCGGUUUCCCCAACAUCAUUUACAGAAAAAGAAUUGUACUUUUCUCCCUAAAUGUUUGCUUCACACUUGCUGAAAUUGCUUAACCACAGAUAUGGCGGUCUGCUCUGCAGCCUCUCCCCGGUCUGAACAUCCACAGAUAUGGCGGUCUGCUCUGCAGCCUCUCCCCGGUAUGAACAUCCACAGAUAUGGCGGUCUGCUCUGCAGCCUCUCCCCAGUCUGAACGUCCACAGAUAUGGCGGUCUGCUCUGCAGCCUCUCCCCGGUAUGAACAUCCACAGAUAUGGCGGUCUGCUCUGCAGCCUCUCCCCGGUCUGAACGUCCACAGAUAUGGCGGUCUGCUCUGCAGCCUCUCCCCGGUCUGAACGUUUGUCUACUAUGAUUUUUGAUUGCAAUAGGUCUGUGGUACCUCAGCCUUCAAGGGCCUUCUUUAUUGAGAAUCAAUGCCUCUCCUAGGUAAUUGAUCACCCUAGACCCAGGGAGACUCAAUUCAUCCCGGAGGGUGGGUAAUCGUCAUGAAUAAUCAAGAUGCCGUGGCUUCAAUACUGCAUGAGUGCAAGCAAGUGCUGGAUCGUCUCUUGUUGGAAGCGCCAGAUGUGUCUACAGAGGACAAGAGUGAGGACCAGCGGUGCAGAGCCUCACUCCCCAGCGAGUUAAGGACCCUGAUCCAGGAGGCGAAGGAAAUGAAGUGGCCCUUCGUGCCUGAAAGGUGGCAAUACAAACAAGCCAUGAGCCCAGAGGACAAAACAAACCUGCAAGAUGUGAUUGGCGCCGGACUGCAACAGUUACUGGCGGCCUUGCGAGCCUCCAUCCUUGUCCAGGACUGCGCUGCCGCCUCCGCUAUUGUCUUCUUGAUGGACCGGUUCCUGUACGGACUCGACGUCUCAGGAAAACUCCUGCAGGUCGCCAAAGGCUUGCACAAGCUGCAGCCCGCAACGCCCAUCGCCCCGCAGGUGGUCAUCCGCCAAGCCCGGGUCUCCGUCAACUCAGGGAAGCUGUUGAAGGCAGAGUACAUCCUGAGCAGCCUGAUAAGCAACAACGGAGCGACUGGUACCUGGUUAUAUAGGAAUGAGAGUGACAAGAUCCUGGUACAGUCGGUCUGCAUACAGAUCAGAGGGCAAAUUCUGCAGAAGCUAGGCAUGUGGUAUGAAGCAGCAGAAUUGAUAUGGGCCUCAGUCAUAGGAUAUUUGACACUCCCUCGGCCAGAUAAGAAGGGCAUUUCUACAUCACUGGGCAUACUGGCAGACAUCUUUGUGUCCAUGAGCAAAACCGAUUAUGAGAAGUUUAAGAAGAGCCCAAAGGUUAACUUGGCCUUGCUCAAGGAGUUUGACCACCAUUUGUUGUCAGCCGCGGAAGCCUGCAAACUGGCAGCUGCCUUCAGUGCCUACACGCCCCUGUUUGUGCUCACGGCUGUGAAUAUCCGUGGCACCUGUUUGUUGUCAUAUAGCUGUUCUGCUGACUGCCCUCCAGGAAUGAAAAGUAUGUAUCUAUGUGAAGCCAAAGAAGCUUUUGAGAUUGGCCUCCUGACCAAGAAGGAUGGCGAGCUGGUUAGUGGAAAGCAGGAGCUGCAUAGCUUCAUCAAAGCUGCGUUUGGCCUCACCACAGUGCACUGCAGACUCCACGGGGAGACAGAUGCAGUUAGAGCAGCAAGACAGCUGUGCAGUGACGCUAUGGGCAAGCUCUACACCUUCAGCAUUUCCCCCACAAGCCAAGACAGGGAAGCCCUGUCUCGGGAAAUCAUGUCUCUCAUCAGCCAGGUGAAGGGAUAUCUACAAGUUCAAAGCUUCCCAAAUGGAGAUGAUAGGUCUUAUGUCCCAGAGAGUUUCAAGUGUGGCUUAGAUCGGCCUAUCUUGCAUGGGCACGUGGAUUUCCAACAAAUUCUUGAAACCUAUUCCCAGCACCAUACUUCCGUGUGCGAGGUCUUUGAAAGCACUUGUGGGAACAGCAAAAGCAACCAGAGAGACACAAAAACAGACGUCUGCAUCACCACUCUGAAGACAGAAACAAACACCGCAGAGACUGUGGGUGCUUCUCUAGAGAAAGUGGGCUCCCAAGACAGCAAGAGUACAGCUUCUUCCAAGAUGUCUAAGAAAGAUCAGGAGACAUCCCAAAGUGAAAGGAGGAGAAGCUGGAUCCAUUCUGAGGCAUUUCGAGCCUCCCUGGAUCAAGGCAUGGGGACUGAGACUGAGCCACCAAACCACGGCAACGGCAGGGUAGGUGUUCCCAGCAAGUCCCUGAGAGACGGCUCUAGCUCCAGUUCUUGGAGCAGGCUGUCAGGGCUCAGCUCUUCUGCAAGCUGGGAGGAAGUGAACUGUGCUGUUCAGGAUACAGUAAGGGAGGGGUCUGGCCAAGAAGAACACCUUGUGGACACUCAGUGCUCCACGGCAGUAUCUGAGGAGCCCAAGAGGGACAGAAGCUGCGGCGCUACGUAUUUGUUGUUUUCAAAGCUCCACGGUGUCUCUCUUCAGACAACUGAAGAUCACAACUUAGAGUCUUCACAAAGUCAGUUACACAGUCAGGCGCCCAUCCUUCCUCUCGACACAACAGACGCUUGUUUGGCCUCAGGUGCAGGGCUGGUAGAAACCCCUGGAGGGUCUAACAGUGCUUCUCUUCAGUCCAGUCAUUCGUGUGGUUCUGAUUCCUGGUCCUUGUCUAGUUCAGGCAGGUCCAAGGAUAUGACCACGAAUCCUUCAGUUCAAGAAGAAGAACCCUCUGGAAUUUCUGGUGAUUUCCCAGAAUCCAAGUAUGACUUUAAAAACUGGCACAGAGAAAAGAAUGGGGGGAAACUCACUGAAAUAUGCACGGGGCCUGAAUUAACAUUUGCCCCCUCCUCGGUCGACCCGGAAGGAGAGACAGCAGAAAGCACAAAUGUUGGACCUUCACCCUCUCAGGUAGCCCUAGGAUGUUUAGAAGGCAGCCAUUCAGUGUCUGCAUGUAGGACUUCAUUUCCGGAUGGGUCUGUUCAAAAUGCUGACUCAGCAAAAACUGGCUGCUCCGGCAAGGACCAGACUGUUGACCCUGAUGCCUCUACGGUGGGUGAGGAGGGCCAAAUGCUCGACAGCACAGAGGUCCACUCCAUUAGCCAAGGUGGCGCUCACAGACCAUGUGCUUUGAGGUCCGGUCAGAGCAAUGAGGGACCCAAGUCCUUUGUAAACGGCUACGGUCCCUCCCCAAUCUUUGAUGAGGACCUCAGCACCACAGAGGAUGGAAAGGAGCUCGGGAGCAUGCUGAAGAGCAGCCAGAACUCAAGCUCAUGCUCACCAUGGUGGCUAAAAUCACCGGCCUUGUCCCGCAGUUCUUCUGAGGGGGAAAGCUCUUGGUCUCUGCUGAACUCCAGCAGAAGUUCCUUCGUCUCACUGACAGGACAGGACAGGCAAGAGAUCCUUGAGGCUCGAACCCUACAACCUGAUGACCUUGAAAAACUUCUAGCGGGUGUGAGGCAUGAUUGGCUGCUUCAGAGGCUGGAGAAUACAGGAGUUUUGAAGUCCAAUCAACUCCAACAGGCCCACAGUGCCCUUCUGCUAAAAUAUUCCAAAAAGUCCGAGUUGUGGACAGCCCAGGAAACCGUGGUGUAUCUGGGAGACUACCUGAAAGUGAAGAAGAAGGGCAAACAGCGAAAUGCAUUUUGGGUCCACUAUCUCCAUCAAGAGGAGACCCUCGGGAGAUACGUUGGGAAAGAAUACAAAGAGCGGAAGGGGCUCCGGUACCACUUCACCGAUGUGGAGCGGCAGAUGACAGCCCAGCACUAUGUGACAGAGUUUAACAAGAGACUCUAUGAGCAAAAAAUUCCAACGCAGAUAUUCUACAUCCCAUCUACAAUAUUGCUGAUUUUGGAAGACAGGACCAUAAAGGGAUGCAUCAGUGUGGAGCCUUACAUACUGGGAGACUUCGUCAAGUUAUCGAAUAACACCAAAGUAGUCAAAACUGAGUACAAAGCCACAGAAUAUGGCUUGGCCUAUGGCCAUUUUUCUUAUGAGUUUUCUAACCAUAGAGAUGUUGUGGUUGACUUACAAGGUUGGGUCACUGGUAAUGGAAAAGGCCUCAUCUAUCUUACAGAUCCUCAGAUUCACUCUGUAGAUAAGAAAGACGUCACCACAAACUUUGGAAAGCGGGGGAUAUUUUACUUCUUUAAUAACCAACAUGCAAGCUGUAAUGAAAUAUGCCAUCGUCUUUCUCUGACUAGACCUUCACUAGAGCAAACAAGUAAGAUGUAGACUGUGGGCUGGGAGCUUGACAGGCCUUCGGGAGCCUAGCAUCAGAUCUGCCUCUUUCCAGGCAUGCAGAGCAAGGCACAUAUUGACGUAUUGAUCGACUGGGCCAACGGAUGAUUCAGGCCAUUGACUUACGAGAGGAAUUCACAAGUGUCGAAUUCAGGCCUACACUUGAUUUCCAGGACAAGAUCCUGCAGACCUUGUUCCCUCUAACACAGGAACAUUUCUGGAGACUGUCCUAUGCUCUACAGUUGUAUAGGAUGUUCGAGGUCCUGAGUUGUAAUGAAGACAACAUGGAAAAGGGCCCCAACUAACCCACAAUGGAUCCAAACCUCAGCUGAAAACAAACUGCUGUCACUGCUGUUGUUGUUUAGUAUUUGGUUUGUUUUUUUGUCUGUUUGGAGAGUAGUUAUCUGUUAAAACUGAUACCGUUUUCCUAUUGAGAGUUCUUUGUAAAUUUAAAACACCCAGACUGCUAAAAAGAUUUUGAUUUCUGUUUCUCUUUUAACAAUUGCCUUUUUGUAAAGCUGUUAUCCAUACA